CCUGUGAUUUGGCCUCGGACGCUAGCGGCGCCCGCCAAGUGGCGGCUGUUUCUGUAGUACCCUCGCUUCGUCUCCUUCCCCGGGCAUUUAAAGUCGCCAGGGAAGAGCGGUGGGUGCGCGGCUGUGCGGCGCCAUUGCCUCUCUCUGCCUCCUCCUCGGCGUCCGGCGUGCUCUGUUUUGUUUCUCGUUCCUCACUGGGAGAUGCUCUGAACCGGCUGGCAGGAGUUCUUGCCGCUCCGAGAUGAGGAACAAGGCUGCGGCGGCCUCCGGCCUGCAGCCGGAGAGGGCGGCGGAGAAGGGCCCGGGAGCGGGUGCCGUGGUGGUGGUGGCCGUGCGCGCCGCCGCGAGGGAGAUCUCCAAGACGGCCGUCGUGUGGGCGCUCACGCAUGUCGUCCAGCACGGCGACAGCAUCCUGCUGCUCGUCGUCAUCCCGCCGCCGAGCUCAGGUAGGAAGUUCUGGGGCUUUCCGUUCUUUGCGGGGGAUUGCGCAAGUGGCCACAAGGCUGUGUUGAAUCAGAAGUCAGACGUCUCUGAGUUGUGCUCUCAAAUGAUGCUAAAACUUCACGAUGUCUAUGAUCCGAACAAGAUAAAUGUGAAGGUCAAGAUUCUAUCUGGAUUACCUUCUGGUACCGUGGCCACUGAAUCAAAGCGAGCACAGGCGAGCUGGGUUGUGCUAGACAAGGAACUGAAGCAUGAGGAGAAGCGUUGCCUCGAAGAACUGCAGUGCAAUAUUGUAGUCAUGAAGCGCUCUCGGCCCAAAGUUCUUCGGUUGAACCUUGUGGGAUCUCCUGAAAAGGAGUCAAAUUCAACUCCGCAGUUACCACCUGAGCCGAGUACAUCAGAUUGUAAUACCGCAAGUAAUAUUAAUGAGCAGCGGAGUUCGAUUCAAGGACCAUCCGUGACACCAAGUAGCAGCCCAGAGUCGGAAGCUCCGUUUGACACUACUGAUGCUGGAACUUCCUCCGUCUCAAGCUCUGACCCUGCCACUUCUCCAUUUUGUGCUUCAGAUACAACUAGCUCUUUGACGAAAGAGGCAACCAAGGAUAAUAUCCAGCAUUCAAAUGUCAAUAUAUCUGACUCCGAGAGUGAAGUUUCAACUCCUCCAGCAGCCUCAUCACUUCAGCCAUGGAUGGCUGACAUUUUACAGGAGCCUGCACCCACUAGACUGCUAGGAAAUCGCCCUAGAAGGACACCUACAGCAGAUUCUUUGCUCGAAAAGAUUGCCAAACUGGAUCUCUUGACUGAAAUCAAUGCAAUCAGAAGCAGGUCUGACUUAAACUUCAGAGGGAAUGUGAGAGAUGCCGUCUCAUUAUCCAGGAGGGCACCUCCUGGACCACCGCCUUUGUGUUCUAUAUGUCAACAUAAGACACCUGUAUUUGGGAAACCACCACGGUGGUUCAGCUAUGCGGAACUGGAGCUUGCAACUGGUGGCUUCUCCCAAGCAAAUUUCUUGGCUGAAGGUGGGUUUGGGUCUGUUCACAGAGGUGUCCUCCCUGAUGGCCAAGCAAUCGCUGUCAAGCAGCAUAAACUUGCUAGCUCCCAAGGCGAUGUCGAGUUUUGCUCAGAGGUUGAGGUUCUGAGUUGUGCACAGCACCGGAAUGUUGUGAUGCUGAUUGGCUUUUGUGUUGAAGAUAAGAGGCGUUUGCUAGUUUAUGAGUACAUCUGCAAUGGAUCACUGGAUUCACAUCUUUAUGGCCGUAAUAAAGAAACUCUGGAGUGGGCUGCCAGACAAAAGAUUGCAGCAGGAGCUGCCAGAGGGCUGCGAUAUCUCCAUGAAGAAUGCAGGGUUGGUUGUAUAAUCCAUCGUGAUAUGAGACCAAACAACAUCCUCGUUACACAUGAUUUUGAACCUCUGGUUGGAGAUUUUGGUCUGGCUAGAUGGCAACCUGAUGGAGACAUGGGAGUGGAAACAAGAGUCAUUGGUACAUUUGGUUAUCUGGCGCCUGAAUAUGCUCAGAGUGGGCAAAUAACAGAGAAGGCUGAUGUCUACUCAUUUGGAGUUGUACUUGUGGAACUUGUCACUGGACGGAAGGCUGUGGAUAUUAACAGACCGAAGGGCCAGCAGUUCUUAACAGAAUGGGCUCGGCCUUUGUUGGAAGAGUAUGCAAUCGAUGAGCUGAUUGACCCACGCCUAGGAGGCCGCUUCUGCGAAAACGAGGUCUACUGCAUGUUGCACGCAGCAAACCUGUGCAUAAGGCGUGACCCUCAUUUGAGGCCACGCAUGUCCCAUGUUCUCCGCAUACUGGAGGGUGGUGACAUGGUGGUGGAUUCAGGCAGCGAUGCUGGGAGCAGGAGCUGGCGGCUGCCAAACGAGCACCAGCAUUACCAGGAGCAGAGUAGCCCAGCUCAACAUGAUUCACAGCGUGCUAACGAGACCGCUAGAAGUCCCUGGGGUCAAGAUCGGCACAACUUGUCUCACAGAUACUAGCAUUCAUAUCCCUGUGCAGGACGCCGUGGAAUCUGUAUUAUAUCUAGUCCUUUUUUGUGUAGCGGUCUCUGCAUUCUCUCUUGCUUUUUCUUUGACCUUUUUGCUACUAAGUGUGUAUAGUACUAUAGUGGCCGGAAAUGGUAGUCGGAGCUUGAGCUCUGGAUUGUUAUUGGCAGCAGUAGCAGUAGCUCCUGAUCAUAUCUGUGCAUGGAUGGAGAGGUUAUGUAUGUUUGUUUAUAGUGCUUGCUUUA